AUGCCUAUCCUUUCUAACUUUGCAGCAUUUAUUUUAUUGCUGAUCGCCCCCUGUGGAACAUGGGCCGGGGCAAACCGCUGGGGUCACUUCAAGGUCUGUCCCUCCUGCAAGAAUCCUCUGGGGGCAGGUCGACCCCCGAGGGACCAUAAUGUUGCCGGUAGCAUGACAGUCCUGACCCAAGGGGAGCCAUGUGGCGUGUACACCCUGAGCUGUGGCAAGGGGCUUCGUUGUGUCCCCCCACCCAGGGAACACAGCCCAUUGCAGGCACUGUUGCAGGGAAGAGGCACUUGUGCAAAGCACAGCAGGACAAGUCCCACUGAAAGGCCCCACCCUACAGGUCCACAUCCCACCCACUUUGGUGAAUCUGAAAAAGCACCCUGUCGCAAGCUGCUCAACAGUGUCCUGAGGGGUCUGGAGCUGACCGUCUUUCAGUCUGACUGGGACAUCUACAUACCAAACUGUGACACUAGUGGCUUCUACAGAAAAAAACAGUGCCUCUCCUCCAAGGGCAUGCAACGUGGCCAAUGUUGGUGUGUGGAUAAGCUCGGUGUGCGCCUGCCCUCACGUGCACGAGAGGAUGGUAGUUUGCCGUGUGACAGGGAGUGA